AUUAGAAAUUACACUGAAGCAGAGCUGUUUGAAGACGGCAGACUGACUCAUUUUAAGGUGCUGUUUUCUCUGUCGCUACUCGGCAGGUUGACUCCGUCAGUGCACUUUAAAUAGUAUAAUUAGAGUUUCGACCAUUUAAGUUGCAUUUCUUUGGCAUGUUGCACAAUAUUGAAUUCUGUUAAAAGUCAGUUAUUCUCCUUCCUGACUCGUUCCGCGCGAGAGCGCAGUGACUGACCAAUCCCGGACACCAAUGACAGAUGAGCUGAUGUGAACCCAACUUUUGAUUGGUUUACACUGUUUAGGUUAGUGGGAAGUAGGAGAAAGUUUUUAGCCGAUCCAUCGAAGACGCGCAGGACUCACAGAGGAGACGCGCAGUGGAAAAAUGAUUUAGUUUCAUCUGAAAAACAGCUCAUUUGUUGCUGAACAUCUAUAGCUGGGAAUAAAACGUGCAAAGUGUUUUAAAGCCGGAGGAGGAGAAUUCAUAACAAGGAAAUGGCUGCGGGGAGAUUUGCGGCACUUCGCUGGAGUUUGCUGUCCGUCUGCGUCCUGUUGAUCUCUGCAGAGCAGAAAAACAUCACAGCUGAGUCUGGACAGAAUGUCACUCUGAUAUGUCGAGCCCCAAACAACAACAACAACAACAACAAAACCAUCGUAGGUGUAGAGUGGAGCAGAGCUGACCUGAAGGAAGAAUAUGUCCUUUUGUACCGCGAUGACUUUGAACUGUAUAAACAGCAUCCGGCCUUUAAGAGCCGGGUGGAUCUGCAGGACAGUCAGAUGAAGGAUGGAGACGUGUCUUUGAUUCUGAAGAACGUGACGACUGCUGACAGUGGAAGAUAUGAGGCUCGUGUGAAGAUGGGAAAAACAUUCAGGAAGAGAGCUUAUCUGGACGGUGACCCCUUCUGUACCUUCAACCUGAGAGUUGUCCCUCAUGGGCAGAAAAUAAUCACAGCUGAAUCUGGACAGAACGUCACUCUGACAUGUCGAGGUCCAAAUCACAUCAUCGCUGUAGAGUGGAGCAGAGCUGAUCUGAAGUCACAGUAUGUGUUUGUAUGGUGGGAAGGUCAGGUUCUUCCAGAAGAGCAGCAUCAGUAUUUUAAGAACCGGGUGGAUCUGCAGGACAGACAGAUGAAGGAUGGAGACGUGUCUGUGAUUCUGAAGAACGUGACGAUUAAUGAUGCUGGAACAUACGAGUGUCGUGUCCAGAGAGGAGAUGACAGUGUGGAGCUCAUCAGCAUCAUCACCCUGAGUGUUGCUCCUCCAGGUCCAACAGAACAAAACCAAGAAGAUGGAGGGAAGGAGGAUGGAGCCAGAAGAGCACAUCUUCCACUGGUAGAACAGUCCCCCGAGAACUGGUCCUCUGCGAGCAGGACUAGGCCGGAUGACCUGUCUAACCACUGGUCCACUGCGUACGGGACUACGGUGGAUGAUCUGUACAAUGACCGGUCCACUGCAAGCUGGACUAGAGUGGACAACCUGUCUUACCACUGGUCCACUGUAAGCGGUACUAGGGUUGACGACCUGUCCAACCACUGGUCCUCUACAAGUGAGACUAGGAUACAUUAAGGGUACAACAUGAAUUCAAGAGAGUGGAGUUUGUAUGUAGUUAAAUCCCCGUAUGUCCUGAAGACGUGGGCUGGUUUGAGACCAGAUGACCCCGGUCAACAUGGAGUCCUGGUGAGCCACCUUCAGCCACCAAGGAGCUGCUGCAAACACAAGUUGGCAGGAGACAGGAACAGUCGGUGCCAAGUGAAACCCCACCUUUGUUCACUUUAAUGCCAAAAGUGUUCUCUCCUAGUUUCUAUCAUAAACUGUAAAAGCUGGAAGAUGGUCACUCUUAUCAUUUAUCAGGAGUCCAUUUACUGUAUUAACUGUAAUUUCCCCAUUGUGGGACUAAUAAAGGUAUU